UUGUGUUGGUGUUUCCCGAGAAAUAGAAAGCGGCCCCAAUUUCAAACUCCAAUCCAAUCCAAUCUGCGCACUCUUUUCUCUCUCUCUCUCUCUGUGUGUGUGUGUGUGCGUGCAGUGCUGCUGCGUGCUACAGUUGAAAUUGGAGAUUCAGAAAGAAAGAAUCGAAUAUUGAGAAUGGUUUCGUAUGUGAACGCGUUGCUGUACGGAGUUGGAGGUUUGGUGGUGGCUGGGAUGGCAUUGCUGGUGGCGUUUCAGGAGAAGCUGGUGUACGUGCCGGUGUUACCUGGCCUCACCAAGUCUUACGCUAUUAACCCCUCUCGCCUGAGACUUAACUACGAGGAUAUCUGGCUCACUUCUUCCGAUGGCGUUCGCCUUCAUGCCUGGUUCAUCAAGCUCUUCCCUAAUUGUCCAGGUCCGACCAUUUUGUUUUUUCAAGAAAAUGCUGGAAAUAUUGCUCAUCGCCUUGAAAUGGUUCGCAUAAUGUUGCAACGGUUACAAUGCAAUGUUUUCAUGCUUUCUUACCGAGGUUAUGGAGCAAGUGAUGGCUAUCCUUCUCAGCAUGGAAUCACUAAGGAUGCUCAGGCUGCAUUGGAUCAUCUUUCUCAAAGGUCUGAUAUUGACACAUCUAGAAUAGUUGUAUUUGGACGAUCACUUGGGGGUGCAGUUGGAGCUGUACUAACAAAAAAUAACCCCGACAAGGUUGCUGCACUGAUACUUGAGAAUACAUUCACAUCUAUAUUGGAUAUGGCUGGAGUUUUAUUACCUUUACUGAAGUGGUUUAUUGGAGGCAGCUGUUCAAAAGGUCCUAGAUUACUCAAUUUUCUUGUACGUUCUCCAUGGAGUACUAUUGAUGUUGUUGGCGAGAUCAAGCAGCCUAUCCUUUUUCUAUCUGGAUUGCAAGAUGAGAUGGUCCCCCCAUUCCAUAUGCAAAUGCUUUAUGCUAAGGCCGCUGCUCGUAAUAAUCAGUGUCUCUUUGUGGAGUUUCCUACCGGCAUGCAUAUGGAUACUUGGGUUGCAGGUGGUGAUCACUACUGGAGAACAAUUCAGCAGUUCUUUGAGAAGCAUGUUCCAGAGAAAAAGGAAGAUAGAUCAUCCCAAAAUGAAAGGGAUAUUGGGGCGAGGUGAUUGGCUGACAUUAGAUUAUCUCAAAGAUACUAAUUGGCUAACUAAGGACUCAAACAAUUUCUGCCCUUUUGAAGUUGCAGCCCCGAAGAGUCCUCUGUGAGAAGAUGCUUCCUGCUGGGACAUACUGCACAACGUCAAGCUAUUUCAUUGGACAAUUUUGGUUGGGUUGUGGUUUCCGGAACUUGGAAGAUGCCCAGACAAUUUGUGAUUCCCUUUUGCUAUAUGCUAUACGGCAUCUACAUUUUGGAUGCCUGAUCGAAUUUGAUAAAUGACAUGUUGAAUAAUAAUUAUUCCAAAGAUAUAUAUAUACGUGUUGUGGAUGUACUGUACUUAUCUGCGUUGUUCUUAAUGA